GGUUGCAGCACAAAGGCCUGAACCUCGGGUAGACCAGAUGUUGAUCACAGGUUGCUAACCAAUAAUAGGUGUCCCCCGAAGGCUCUGACCCGGCAGGGGAAUGGGCAGAGGCCUGGAGCUGCUGUAUAAUAACAUCAUCUGGCAUUUACACUAGGAGACCUCGGGGCCAGAAGGCCUCGGUGUUCCGAGGCUUGACCUGUCCUUAAGUCCUACGACAUCCCCUGCGGUGAGUCCUAUCUUAAACUCCAUUUUGCAAAACAAAACGAUAAAAAGUGAAGAACCCGGUGGCUCUCCACAGGCUCUCAGGCCUCAGGCCAAUAACAAUUCCAAAAAUCUGGGCCGGGAAAGGCGGGCCCCGGGGCCUUAGGGCACCGCCCCAAAUCUUCCUUUGGUAACCAGGCAAGGCCUGCAGCUGCGUACUGCGCAAGCGCGCAGGGGUGGUCGGCCUUAGGCCGGCUGGUUACCAAGCUGGAGGCAGAACCAGAUUCGCCGGGCUGUUUGGAUGUUGGCUCCGCCCCGGCCGGGCCCUGCCUCACCGGAUCCCCGCCUCGUCACCCCUGUUAGCGCGAUGCUCGGCCCCGUGGGAACCUGAGCUAAAGCUGCGUUGAAGGCAGACAUCCUUGGCUGCUCCAGGUUAGGGAGAAGAGUGUGCUCUUCGCCUGGGUCCCGAUUUUCCAUCAGCACUGGCGGAUCUGCUGCUGCCCACACACUGCCUGACUUCGGAGCUAGAGAGUGAGAUUUCCAGAAGAAUCCCACAGAGUCAGCAGAGAACACACGUGGCCUGGUAUUUUGGAAACAAGCCUCAGGUCCCAGGUCCCUUGCUUCUGCUGCGGUAGAGAAUUCACCUGUGAGCCUGGAUUCCUUCAUGCGUCAUACGUGUUUUCUUGUGGCCUCUGAGUGCUUAAUGGAGAGAGUCAGGCAUGAAGGCAAUGGCCAGAAGAGCUGAUGGAGUUAACCCAGCAAUGAUGGCGACCGUUACACAUGCCUGUGCCAGAGGGACAUCUCAUGCACUUCUCCACAUAGUGGAGUGUCUAGACCUUUGCCCUGGCCUGAGGAGUGCUUGGGCUGUGUGGCACAGACCUUCAUGAGCCGGUACCAGGCAGCCUUGCUGGGUCUAGGCCUGCUGCUCAUGCUUCUCCUGUAUGUGGGGCUGCCUGGCCUGCCUGAGCAGACUUCCCAGCUCUGGAGAGGCCCCAAUGUCACAGUCCUGGCUGGCCUCACCCAAGGCAACUCCCAGAUAUUUUACCGUGAGGUGUUGCCUAUCCAUCCAGCACACAGAGUACAAGUGGUGUUUCUCCACGGGAAGGCGUUUAAUUCCCAUAUAUGGGAGCAGCUGGGCACACUGCAGCUGCUGUCAACGAGAGGCUACCGGGCUGUGGCCAUUGACCUUCCAGGUUUUGGGAACUCAGCACCUUCAAAGGAAGUGAGCACAGAGUCAGGGCGAGCGGAGCUGCUGAAGCAGGUGCUGCAAGACCUAGAGGUGCAGAAUGCUGUAUUGGUGAGCCCUUCACUGAGCGGCCGCUAUGCCCUGCCCUUCUUGAUGCGAACCCACCACCAGCUCCGCGGAUUUGUGCCCAUUGCACCCACCUCCACACGGAAUUACACACAGGAACAAUUCUGGGCUGUGAAGACCCCAACUCUUAUCCUGUAUGGGGAACUGGACUACACCUUGGCUCGAGAGUCACUUCAGCAGCUCCACUACCUGCCCAACCACUCUGUGGUGAAGCUACACAAUGCGGGCCACGCCUGCUACCUCCACAAUCCGCAAGCUUUCCACCUCGCCCUUCUUGCCUUCCUUGACCAUUUGCCUUGAAUGGACUCACUUCCCAGAACUGACCCUGAAGGGUCUAGACGCUCUCCUCUUCCAGGGAGGCCAGUCUUGAGUGGGAUUGGGGACAGAGGAUCAAGCCCAGCCAGAACUUUUGAUUUCAUUUCAUAGGCACAAUAAAGAAAAGCCCUUUUGUCUCGCCUGGA